UAUUUGUUUUCAAAUAAGAAUCCUUUUGUGUCGACUCGGAGAUCAAGCAAUGGUUGCACCAUGGAUGUUCCAAGCUCAAGACGGGAGCCGAGCCGUCGGGGGCGAAGAGAGGAGCGGCUGGAGCACAGCGCUUCCAGGAGCGUGAGCGUGCGGGAACGUGAGUCCAGCUUGCAUAGCAGCUUGCAGCAGAGCCUGCAGAGCAGUGCUUUGCAACGAGAUGUGAAAGGUUUGGGUGAUGCACAGGCGCGUUUGGUGCGCGUCAUCGAGGAUAUCUCACAGGAACUCACACAGCGUUUGGCCAAACAUGAUCUUCAGCUGGAGCAGUUGGUGGAGAAGCAGCAGUCACUGCAGGAGACCUUCCGACAUUUGCAGACAGAGGAAGCAGCAUGGCGUCGAUCCUUGGAGGCGGAAUAUUUGAGGUUGAGGACCUCGGAUGGCAACUUUGCUACAAAGUUGAACUUCUUAGAGUCCAAGAUCCAGCAGCUGGAAGCCAGGCCUGCCGGAUUUGCAGUGGAGCCGAAGCCAAAAGCAUCUCAACAAGUGGAGGAUUGGCGACCACAUUUGGCGGAGUUGCGUGGGAGCUUUGAGACGCUCGAGGCACGGCUCUCGCAGCAACUCUCGCAGCAGCUGGAGACGCAGUUGAGUGGCAUUAUCCAAAUGCAGCUCCAAACACAUGUGCAGCCUCAACUGCAACAGCAGCUUCAGAGCCAGUUGACACAGCUUCAGGACAUUCCGGGCUUGAGGGAGACGGAGCUCAAGCACAUCUUCCAGGAACAAGUCAAACAGUUGGAGCAGAAGGUCUCUGAUGGCCAACAGACCCUUCGACAGGAAGCAGCCAAGCGGGAACAGCAUCUCUCAGACUUGCAGGAUGCAGCCCAACGCCUUGCGGAGACUGCCAUGCACCGAGCCUUGAACCAAGCAGCCCAGGCUGCCCAGGCCUUCUCAUCUUCUUCCGUGAUGCAACGAUUGCAGCUGGUGGAGAAUGAAUUGCAGAGCCUGCAGAGGCAAGAGAAAGAGCGACACAAGAGGCGCAUAGCACGGCUGGAAGAGGACUUGGCACAGUCGCCGAUGCCAUCUCCACUUACAUCUCCAGCUCUGUCGAAGCGAGAGGUAGGAAAUGAUGGGGACGUCAUCCAUCGCAUUGACGAGUUGCGAGUUCAGCUCUAUGCGGAGCUCAGUGACGCUCGGAACGUCGCCACACAGCUUGGCAGCCGAGUGUCGCGCUGUGAGUCAGAGAUUCUUGACCUCCGCAUGCAGGUCGCUUUGAAUGGAGCAGAGGAGUCACAGACACCUGUCAGGACGCCCAGCUUUGCUCAGGGCUCACCUACGGUUGAAGGUUGUCCAAAGACUCCGGACUGGGCUUCGCCUUGGCAAGUGACAGCAAGGACGGGCUUGGAUGGCACGUAUUCUUUGCCAUCUCUUCCGGCCCUGCAAACCUCUCCUACAUCCCCAGCUCCGUCACCUCCUCUGGGUGUGGAGGCUGUCAAUGCUGGUUCUCGACAAUAUCUGCAAGGUGUACCUGAGGGUCCUCAGCUGUCCUCUUGGGAUGGUGACAAGGCCGGUGCAAGAUCGCAAACGCUCGCCACUCUCUUAGACAGGGAGCAGGGAGUCCUUUUAAACACAACAACAUAGAAACGAACCUAAUAGCAAUGGCCUCCAACCUAAUAGCGAUGGCCUCCAACCUACUAGCGCUGAAGCUCUUGGUUGCUGACCUUUACAAUUGCUUUGAGUUCAUCGAAUUCCAAGUGCUAGGACUCUUCUGGAGUCUGUAUGCAGGAAUCUGGGCAGAGAAUCAGACCUGGAGUACUCGUAGUAACAAGUGCCUCGCCAGUAGUAACAAGUGCC